AGCAGCUGGUCUGGAAUAGGUACAACGAUGUCUCCAAAAUUUCUCAUCUAUCUUACAGUCGCGGCCAUUUUAAUGGUACUCAGCGCACCUGCAGCAGAAGGCACCUUAUUUCUGACACUCUGCAUGUUGAGAUCACCGUUCUGUCCAUUCGUUACCACGACACCAACGUGCCUGACGGGUAAGACAUGGAGUCCAGCGCUUAAAAUUUGUGGUUAGCUUGUAGAAUUGUGGAAUUCCAUAUGCUACAUGAAAUUCGAGGAAUACAACACUCACAAAUUUUGAAUUGAAUUGCGUUGAGGUCGCAAAUAAAUAUAUAACAUCGCAUUGCA